GGCUUUCUUCAGCCUCCAGCGACUGGAGUCCUGGAGCGCAGCCGCCGGGCGCGCGUUUCCGCCGAGCUGGGGCGCGCAGAGCAUUGCUUUUCUGGGGCCGCCAGAGACAAGAGGCGGUGACCUCGGUGCGCGCCCCGCGUCCCCGGCUCCUGGCCAGCUCCCCGGCCCCCGGCCCGCGCCCCGGCCGCCAGCAUGGUGCUGCUGGCCGGGCCCGGGCCGGAGGGCGGCGGGGCGCGCCGCGUGUCCCCGCAGUCGCCGUCCCCACCCCGGGACGCGCAGGCCGGGGAGGACCCAGCUGACUUCGAGGAGUACGAGGACUUCUCGAGUCUGCCCGACACCCGCAGCAUCGCCUCGGACGACUCCUUCUACCCUUUUGGAGCCGAGGAGGAGUACAGCUCCGUGAGCGCGGAGAGCGUCCCGGAGGCCGUCCCGGAGGCGGCGACCCUCCUGCGCGCCGCCUGCGCCAACGAUGUGGGGCUGCUGAGGGCGCUGGUGCGGCGGGGGCCCAGCGCAGAGGAGGUGCAGGAGACCGACCGCAACGGCCGGACCGGCCUCAUUGUUGCCUGCUACCAUGGCUUUGUGGAUACUGUGGUGGUCUUAGCAGACUGCCCCCACGUUGACGUCAACUGGCAGGACAGCGAGGGCAACACGGCCCUAAUCACGGCUGCACAGGCAGGGCACGUCACCAUCACCAACUACUUGUUGAACUAUUUCCCCGGUCUUGACCUUGAAAGGAGGAACGUGUUUGGCUUCACGGCCCUGAUGAAAGCCGCCAUGCAGGGCCGAACGGAGUGCAUCCGAGCCCUGAUGCUAGCAGGGGCAGAUGUCCACGCCAGGGACCCUCACCGCGGAAUGUCGUCCCAGGAGUGGGCUACUUACACGGGACGGUUUGAAGCGGUCCACGUCAUCCAGAGGCUGCUGGAGCGACCGUGCCCAGAGCAGUUUGGGGAGAAGUACAAGCCAGAGCUGCCGCUGGCCCCCGAGGCGGGUCCGAAGCCUGCGGGCUCCAAGAACUGCUUGCAGAGGCUCACCGCGUUUGUGCGGUCCAUGCUUACCUCCCGCUUGCGCCAAGGCCUGGAGGAUGGGGGCGUCCUGGACCACAUGGUCAGGAUGACCACGAGCCUCUACAGCCCCGCCGUGGCCGUCGUCUGCCAGACCAUGUGCCCCGAGAACCCCCCCUGUGUGGGGAAAAGGCGGCUGGCGGUGCAGGAAAUCCUGGCGGCACGGGGGCGCCCGGACACGCAAGCCCAAGAGAGGGACAAAGCGGAGGGCGCCGAGCAGCGAUUCCGGACCUCCCAGACCGCGGGGGUCUCCAGAGAGGGGGCCCCCAGAGCCAGCUCCACGUCUUCUUCCCAGCUGCCAGCUGCCCCGCGGAAGGCCAGCCUCCUGUCCCUGCAGCUGCUGCGGCGGAGCAGCGUGCGGCCGGGCGUGGUCAUCCCCAAGGUGCGCAUCAGCAAGGCGCCCGCGCCCGCCUUCCAGCCCGAGCGGGCCGCGAAGGGCAGCACCAAGGACAGCACCCACCUGCAGCUCCCCAAGUGGCGGUACAAGGAAGCCAAGGAGGAAAGAAGGAAGGCGGAAGAGGCAGAGAAGCAGCGGCUGGCCACGGCGCACAAGGAGAAGCGGGCACCGUCCUGGAGGAAAAGGACGUGACGGGAUUUAGCUAAAUGCCUUGAUCAUCCCUGGCACCACUACUCUGAGAUCUAAAAAGGGUGGAAAAGCAAGGCAAUGCUGAGAGAUCAACAGUGCCCUGUGGAAUUAUCAUGCCGUGCCCUCCCAACACCCAGGAGUGAAUGAACGGCAGAUUCCGCCAGCUGCUUCUGUGCAGAACGUUGGCACAAUUCCCCCACCUCCACCGCGCACUUUCCCCCUUUUUUUUCUUUAGGGGGGGAGACUUGGUUUGCUCUCCUGGCGGGUGACAGCACCGCCCUGCUGUAGAUCCGGUGUCUGCUUGCACUCCUGAUGUCUGUUAACUGUAAAUAGUGAAUUUCAACUUGACAGGUACCCUCUCAGGGAUUUAUAUAUAAAUA